UAUACUUUAUAUAUCGCACGUCCUCUGACAUGAUGGCAGAUAAAGUAUUAAAAUUGUUAUUUUUAAUUUUUAUUAAUAUGGGUAUUAUAUCAAGCGACUUUGUGGAACCUGUAUCCAUGACUGCUGAAUUGGAAAAGGAUACAUGUGUUGUAAAACUAAGUCAAUGUACUUUUAAAACUGGUAUCCCAGGUAUGCGGGGAUUGCCAGGAGAGAAAGGAGAUAGAGGUGAGUCUGGACAUGCUGGAAAAAAAGGAGAUAGGGGAUAUCCAGGUUACGAUGGAUUGCCUGGAAUACAAGGUAUUAUGGGCCCUCCAGGAUCAGAAGGUGUAGCUGGUAAACCUGGCAGAGAUGGCACAGAUGGCAAAAAGGGAAAUCAAGGUGAAAGUGGACUACCAGGAGUUGAGGGCCCUCCAGGAUCAGAAGGCGUAGCUGGUAAACCUGGCAGAGAUGGCAGAGAUGGCAAAAAGGGACCUAGAGGACCUCCAGGCGUACCAGGAGUCUGCAUAAAAUCUUGUUCCAACGACGAUGAUUUAGACGAUGAGGAACCUGAAGGAAGGAAAGAUACUGUAUUGCCAGGUCUUUGCAAAAGUUACAAAAGUAUCGGUGAAGGCAGGACUAUAGAAGUGAUGCCUUUGGAUCCCUUUAAAAUUAUCUGUGAGAAAGAGCAUCGUACUUGUCUAAUAUUGAAUAAAACAGAGGACUUAAAAGCACCAUCUCGUGAUCUGAAUUAUAUAGAUUAUACAGAGAAUAAACAACCAUUUUGGUUGAGCGAAUAUCAUGAAAUAUAUCAGUAUUAUAAUAUAACAUUACAACAAUUGGCAUGGCUUAAUAGUCAGUCGUCGUAUGUGUAUCAAAAGAUAAGAUACCAUUGUAAAAAUUCGCCGGUAUUGCCACGUGAUGCACCGGAUGAUGCAUUGGCUUUAUUAACUUGGAAUGAUAAAUUAAUCGGGCCCUCAGCUACAGUAAAUUCGCCUUCCCAUUACACUAUAGUACAUGAUGGAUGUUCGGAACCUGGUGACUCUACAGAGUGGGGAUACACUGACAUAAGUAUAGUUGAUACCGUUAAUCGUUUGCCCAUAACGGAUUUCCUUAUCAAGCACAUACGAGAUGGGAAUCAAAGUAUGGCCAUAGAGAUGACAGAAUUAUGCUUCAUAUAACAACUACCAAGUUACCCAUUUUUUACU